AUGCAACCUGAAGAAAGGACGCCGUUCAUAUUCGACUUCGAUAUGACCUACAUGCUCUUGUGGGGUGAAAAUGACCUUAUUAUCAUGGCCGCAGCUCGGGCGAACGUCAAUGCCUUACUGACCGUUACGUUUUUGCAUGAGCUACAUGAGAUCCUAGUCCGUUAUUUCGAGGUUCUGAAGCGACAAGAUCUGGAGGGUGAAAACGGAACUCAAAUCGAGGAUGAUGGCUUAACCCGAGAGAAGAUAGUGGACAAUCAUUCGCUCGUGUACGAGCUACUAGAUGAGUGCAUGGACUUCGGCAUCGUGCAACUCACAGACUACAAUAUCUUGAAGGAGUACAUCAAGACUCAAAUCAACCGGCCACAAAGUGGCAAGUAUGAACACGGCUCAGAACUGGAAUCGAGCUCAGAUGACGAAUUCAGGGUCAGGCGACGCUCCGCCAAAACCGAACAUAAGACCAAGAAGAACAAAAAAGAGCACAAGUCGACGCACAAUCUCGCUGACAAGACCGAUAUUCUCAAUAACACACAAGCUAAUUUCAUCAACAGCUCAAUUGUGCGUACUCAAGCGCUGGCUAUCAGUUGGCGACCCAAGGGCAUAUUCUACGCGAAGAACGAGAUCUACAUCGAUAUUAUUGAGAGAUGCAACUUCCUAUUUGAUCUUGAGACCAACUCCGUGAAAAACAAUGACAUAUCAGGUGUUUGCGAAGUCAAAUCUUAUCUAUCGGGAAUGCCAGUGUGUCGACUUGGUCUCAAUGAGCGUUACAUAUCUCAGGUCGAGUACGAUACUGAACUCGAAGGCGGUGAAGAGGAGGAAGAGGAGCAACGACAUGAGACACCUGAACAAGAAGAAAAUCUCAUACAGCCCUCGGAAAGCGUCGAUAACCUAGACACUGACUCCAUCACCUCAGCAAGGUCAGACCCCCAACCCGAGAAGCGACUCAAGGUACCCAUCUCCAACGUGUCAUUCCACCAGUGCGUUGAGCUCUCUUCAGUCUACAAAAACAAUCUCAUUCAUUUCACUCCUCCGGACGACAAAUUCACUCUUUUUUCAUACAAUGUCGCCCAGCUGAGGAGAAAAGAAAAAAAGCCGCUCGUGAUGAUCGAGCCCAUCUUCAAAAUCAUCAAAUCAGAGGGGAAACUUCAAAUAUUAUGCUCUCUCAAGACAGCAUACAAGAAAAGAUUGCAUUGCAAGCCCCUUAUCGUCCGAAUCCCUAUCUCACCAAUACUAUUCAAUUUGGACGGCAAGGGUGAUGGUAAUCUUCGAUACAAAGCUGAACUAGGUGAGGCGCUGUUCGAAGUCGACUCUUCUACAUUAACAUGGACGCUUCCUGACGUCCCUGGGUCUAAACUGGUUGUGCGGCUCAUGGCCGAAUUCGCCAUCGAAAAUGCCCAGGACCUCAAGGAAAGUGAUUUCACAACUGCGUUCUACCUGCUUCCAAAAGCCCCUGAUGCAGAGGUCCCAGAGGAAACUACAGCCGAUGAACUCAACAAGUACUACGGCGUUGGAGGGAAAUCAUCAUCCGUUUUCGAUGACUUACAGAAGAAUGCCAAAAAUUUCAACAAAUAUCGGGAUAUUCACAUUGAGUUUUCUUUGCCCCUCUUGACGUAUUCUGGCCUUCGAAUCAAGUAUCUCAGUGUUCAGGAAGACACUCUUAAGUAUACGUGCUUCCCAUGGGUCCGGUAUCUCACGGAGCCCAUAGUGGAGAUCUCCAAACCAGUCAAGAAGGGACAGACAAAGUCCCGUAAUGGCUGCAUCACCUGUAAGCAGCGAAGAACAAAAUGUGAUGAGACUAAACCCACCUGCUUGAAAUGUGCUAAAAAGAAUAUCGAAUGCGGAGGCUACCCAUCCAGUUACAGAUGGGUCAACCCAGAGUUCCCACCUGCUGUACCAUCCAAAAGACGACAGUCACUGUCUGUCUUGCCAAAAAUGACACCUCGGUCAAAUGAAAAUCAGUUUAAAGCAGCUCUAGAAAGUGCUGCCGUGUCUGUGGUUGGCAAGUCUCUCAAAGACCUAGAAGCUGAAAAGUCUCACAGACAACCCGCCGUGAAGAAAUUGCGUCGCAGCUGGAGUCUAUCAGACGUCGAUAAUGACGAGGAUGCUAAUCAAGAGAAACCUCAUAAUAGCCUUGUCGAGUUCAGAUCUCGGAUCAAGAGCGAUUGUCCACCUAGCAGGACCAUCCCCGAGGAACCUAGCUCAGAGCUGCAGAGCUUACCAAUGGUACCAAGCUCAUCCGAUCAGAUGUCUUCUGUUCUCUCAGAAUCGGUGGUAGGAGACGAUUCUUCUCCGUCUGUUGGUGAAACACCAUUCAACAAAGAGUCCAUGGCUGACCUCAAUUUAACACCAUCACUUUCAGCCCUUAUGCAUCAGAUAUUUGACCCAUCCGUGGAAAAGCCCAGUCUAGGUGAACCUUAUUCCGAUCCAUCCUUUAGCCCGUUGGAGCUCAAUGUUCCUCAAAUGGACGAACUAUCCUCAAUGAAGUCAGAAUCAAUCUCUAAACACCCAGAUAGCUUCCGUCAGAACACUGGUUUAACACUUUCCGAUCAGAGUUUGACUCAUACCUCAGAGCAGGAACACAUCCUUGGCUUGUACGCGAAUCAUACCUCAGGAAUCCUCUCCAUCAAAUGUGGGCAGAAUGAGAAUCCUUGGAACAUCUUGUAUGUACCAUUAGCCAGAGAAUACGGUUUUGUAUUCAAUUCCAUCGCAUCAAUGACACUAUUCCAUCUCGCUGGAAAUGCAAAAGUUCCGUCGGAACGUGGUAACUUACGAUCUAAAGGGUGCUUUUAUAUGAAAAAGUGUAUCCUCGAACUUGCAGCGGGACUCAAAAGUGUUGAGGAGGAUGCAGAUCAAUCAUCCUUGCCCCCUGAUGUUGCGUUGAUGACAUGCCUCAACUUGGCGAUUAGUGAAUCUUGGGAUACUCACACUUCAAGCGGAAUAGCUCAUCUCAAAGGUGCUAGAAGCUUGAUUCACAAAGUCUUGUCAGUCAUAAAAGACUACAUGGGUAGGCGUGAGGCGCUGCCUGCCGCUAGCCCAGCUGAUGCUCAAAUACGAAAAAAGCUCAAGCUUGUGGAUGAUCACGAUUGGCAACACAUCGAAGAGGGUUGUGUGUCAUUGCGUGAGAACAACAAUCAGCAACCUGACUUCAUCGUCCCGAAAAAUCUUCAGUUGAUUUUCAACAAGUGGAUUUACCUUCAUGUUCUUUCACAGAUGACAGUACAAUCUGGGCAAGAUGAGAGAGGCAUUGAUCUCGUUGCAACUAUCACCAGCAUAAUCCAUUCCACUCAUAAAAAGAAGAUAAAGCAAGAACAAGACCUGAUGUUGGAAAAGAAGGAUUCGCCCACGCAUUCUGAGACUGAGCUGAAUUCUAGUGGUAAUUUUGGGGGCUUCUUCGAGGACUUCAACUGCUCAUUUCUGAACAGCGAUCUUAUUGAUCCUUUACUAGGGUGUGCACAGUCUCUCUUUCUGAUCAUGGGCAAGGUUGCAAGCUUGAUUUCACAGGUGAGAAAAGAGAAAGAGAGACUGCCAAAGACAGUUCGUAACUCCCUCAACAACAUCGGCAAAGCCUCUGAACUAAGACAAAAGCUUCUAGCCUGGAAGCCAGAGGUUGCCACCAGUGGAUUUGCAGGACAUACCGGAGUUGGUGGUGAAUCGUGGGAUGUCCAUUCGUGUAUCACCACGGCAGAAGCAUACAGAACAGCCACCCUUUUGUAUUUACACCAGGCUGUUCCUGAGAUCCCUCUGCUGCCAUCACAUCAACUCGCAGAGAAGAUCUUUGUGCUUCUUGCUACCGUUCCUACCUCCUCUAAUCUCCACAUUAUCCAUAUAUUCCCCUUGCUUGUGAGCUCUUGUGAGGCUAUGCCCGGCGAAGAACGCCGUUGGUGCGAGAGCCGUUGGGCUUUUCUUUCUGAGCGUCUCUGGAUCGGAAAUGUUGAUCGCGCUUUCGAAGUUGUCAAGGAAGUUUGGAGAAGAAAAGAUGAGAAUACAAGAAAGAAGAGAAGGGAAUUGGAGGAGUCCACCAUCACCGUGCAGCGAUCUCAGGCAGACAGCCUGUUUCCUAAACCCAGGUUUGUCUCUUUUGAUCUCUGGGGUACACUUUACACGCCUAGACGUCCGAUUCCUGAACUGUACCAUGAAAUCUCAAGCAAGGAGUUUAAGAUUGAAAAGUCCUUGGAGAGCAUCAAAGAGGAAUUCCCAGCUUUGCAUAACCAAAUGCUCGAGGAAUUCCCCAAUUAUGGCAAAUACAGCGAUGAGAUCGAAAACAGCAACGACUGGUGGCUGGAGCUUAUCGUGAAGCUAUACGGACUUCCGCACUAUUCCAAAGAUGAAAAGUCGGCUCAAUUGUGCAACAGGCUUUUGGAUUACUUUUCUUCCGCUGAAGCCUACAAGUUGUAUGACGAUGUCAAGCCAGUGCUUGAGAAACUUAACAAGAACAAUAUCAAGUUGAUUGCCGCGAGCAACUCUGACGAUCGGUGUUUUCCAAUCAUGAAGGCGCUUGGAAUUGACAAGUACUUUGCCAACCCACACGUCUACAUCUCGUACGAUUUGGGCACCGAAAAGCCAGAAAGAGGCUUUUUCCGUUCCAUUGCCUCGGAGCUCUACAGCAUAGACAAGGCCAAAGAGCCAAAGCUCGGCAUGCAAGAGUUUCUAGAGAGCCUGUGGCAUGUUGGCGACAGCUAUGAGAAGGACUUUGUCGGAGCAGUGAAAGCUGGCUGGAACGGUGUGCUUGUGGACAGGGGAAGAACCAGUGUUUUCUUCAGAAAUGGCCCUCAGCAGAAGCAGGUUAGCAACGAUUGCUUUGAGGCCCAGGCUACAGAGACUUUGGAUAGCGAUGAAUUGGUGAUGGUGGCUAACAACAGAGUUGCUGUGAGCUCUUUGUACGAGAUCCCUAGGCUUUUUCAGCUAGACUGA